AUGGGGCUCGCCUGCGUCCCCUUGGCCGCCGUCUGGGCGAACGUCGGCCGGAUCCUGGUGUUCCUCGGCCAGGACAGCGCCAUCGCCGCCGAGGCCGGCGCCUACGCGCGGUGCCUCAUCCCGUCCAUCUUCCUGAGCGUGCCGCUGCAGUGUCACGUGCGGUUCCUGCAGGCGCAGAGCCUCGUCCACCCCGUAAUGGCGAGCACGGGCGCCACGGCGCUCUGCCACGCCGCCGUGUGCUGGGCGCUCGUGUACAAGGCCGGCAUGGGGAGCAAGGGCGCCGCGCUCAGCAAUGCCAUCUCGUGUGCUGCCAACUUGGUGAUGCUGGCUGUGUACGUCAGGACGUCGAGCGCCUGCAGGUGUACAUGGAACGGCUUCUCCAUGGAGAUGUUUGAGUUUGAGGAGCUUCGAUCGUUCGCCGCCCUCGCCGUGCCGUCCGGGUUCAUGAUAUGGUGA